AUCUAAUAUCAUGGUCAUAAGGUACAGAUAUAGUAAUGUUCUCGGAAAUAAUACUAACUCCGAAAGUCGUCGCUUAUUCAAUUAUUAAUUUUGUAUUUCGGUGUUCAUUCAUUCAAUCUUCAGUCUUCAUUUCUUCAAUCGUUCUCUGUAAUAUUUUUUCAAAAAUGGGUAAAGAUUGGCGUUAUGGUCAAAAAUCUCGCCGGAAAUUAUUUGUUCCAAAGAAGAAACCAAAACAUAAUUUAGCGAACUUGAACUCAAAAAAAUGUGUAACCGUUGUUCCAGACAACUACCAACAAAACGUAGCAACUAGUCCAGAUAAUACAACGCCAAAAAAAAAUUAUGUCGAUACAAAUAUUGAAGUUCACCAAGUCUAUAAUAGUAUACCAGGUCCAUCUGGCUAUAUUAGUGAAAAGACCUGUGAACUAAAUGGAAGAAGACUUAUAGAUAUACAGUUCUUCAUUACGUCCAUUCAAUCUAUUCGACAUGAGGGUUUUGAUUGUUCAUUUCGCGAUUUAAAUUUAAUAAAUGAAACGAGAAAGGGAUUUAUAUGUAAAUUUGUUUUUAAAUGUAACAAUUGCGGAAUAAAUGAAAAUAUUUAUAAUGAAGAUCCAAAAACAAAAGAUUUAAAUGUUAAUAUGGCAAUGGUGACGGCGAUGGUUAAUGUUGGUCAAGGUUUUUCACAAAUGGAUGAAAUUUGCGCUACCCUGAAUAUGCCGAAUAUGUGUAAUCGUACAUAUCAAAAUGUACAUAAUGAUGUUUACCAUCAUAUGUAUGAUUUGGCUUGGAAUGAGAUGGAAGCUGCUGGUAAGGAAGAGGCAAAGUUGGCUAUCGAAAAGGGAGAAGUAGAUUUACAAGGCCGCCCUAAAAUAGCUGUAAUUACAGAUGGUGCUUGGAGUAAAAGGUCCUAUAAAAGAAACUACAAUGCGUCAUCGGGAGUAGCUUGUAUUGUUGGUCAAAGAACCAAAAAAAUUUUAUUUAUAGGCAUACGAAACAAAUACUGUUGUAUUUGUCAUAGAUCAUCAUCAUUAGGCAUCGAAAGUAAAGACCACAUAUGCUUUAAAAACUGGAAUUCGCCUUCAACUGCAAUGGAAGCAGACAUUAUAGUUGAAGGUUUUAAAAAUAGUUUAGAUAUGCAUAAUUUAAUAUACAAUCGAAUGAUUGGAGAUGGCGAUAGCAAUGUCAUAAAACGUUUACGUUUGGCACAACCCUAUGGUCCUGAUGUAAUAGUUAAAAAAAUAGAAUGUUCCAACCAUAUUUUGAGGAACUAUAUUAAUAAGCUUCACGAGCUUUCAAAAAAAAAAAAAAGCAGUAAAGGUGAAAGUGUGCCGGGUUGUAUGCGCAAUUUAUUAGUCAGUCGAGUUGAACGACUUCGUGCUGCUGUUAUAAAGGCGGUAAAAUACAGAAAACAACAAAAUAAUAUUUUAUAUGAGGAUUCGGUUAAAAUGCUGAAGAAAGAUAUUGUCAAUAGCCCUAAUCAUGUAUUCGGUGAUCAUGAGAAUUGUAGUGAUUAUUUUUGCACGAGGAAAAAUUUAGGCGAAGAAAAUUACGUUCCAGAUAUGAAACGAGUAGGCCUAUGGGAUGAUAUAGGUUCAAUAAGAAUUUUAAAUGAUUUGAAUGUCAAAAACUCUAUUACCAAUACUAUCGACGGUGCGGCUAAUAUGCAAGGGGAGUACAAUGGAUUCUUGGCAUGGCUUAAUGAAUCAUCCCCAAAUCAAGUUCAUGUUUGGUGGUACUGCUAUGUAUUAAAUCUAGUUUUGUCAGAUGCUUCCAAAUCACCAUUGACUGCUGCAUUUCUUUUUAAUUUGUGUAAUAGUUUAGCAAUGUUUUUCAAAGAUUCACAUAAGCGUAUGAGAGUUUGGACAGACGAUGCCAUAGUCUACAUCAACGCUUACAAAGUAUUAGUGAAACAAGGUGGUGGAGUUAAUAAGUUGCACUUGUUAAAACAUUUGGAUCAACUGAAGGUCCAUGUCAGAGCAAUGCAUUCUCUAAACCCAGUUGAUGGAGCACUUGAACAACUUGAAAAAAGUCAAAGAAAUAUGGUAUGGAUAAAAUUAUCUGCAGAUUCAUUGGUUACUUGGGCUAAUACUGAAUUAGAUUUACAAUUUAAUGGCGAUAGUCCAGUAAAUGAAAAAUCACCUAAUGUAAGAACCAGAAAGAAUCAAAGAAAACAAUGUUACCAGGUGAGAUUAGUAAUAUGGUACAUGAAGAUCCUUUAA